AUGGCUCCAACUUCUACUGCUUUGAAUACUUCUUCAUCUACUGAAAGUACCAGUUCUACUCAUUCAAUCGAACAUUUGAUCUCCGACAGAGCUAAAAAUCGUUCUUUUAAACAUUUUGCAGCUAAUGCUGAUGAAAAUGCUCCUAAGAACUUUAAACCACAUCCUAAACCACUUGCAUUAAGUUUCGGAAGGCCAAAUGCACAAUUCUUCCCUGUCAAAAAGAUUACUGUUGAAUUGGAUCACUACCCUUUCCAAGAUACUAUUUUUGAGAAUGAAGUCAUUGAAGAGCAAGACUUGGUAGUAAUUGAUAAAUUCCCAACUGAUAAAAAUGAUUUGGGUGCUGGUGAAGCAUUACAAUAUGGUGAUGUUAGUGGUUUACCAAAUUUCCAAAAAUUCUUAAGAGAAUUUGUAGAAACUAUCCAUAAACCUGCCAAUUCUGAAUGGGCUAUUACUGCAACCAAUGGAUCAGGCGAAGGUUUGAACAAAGUUGCUGAUGCUUUAAUCAAUCCAGGAGAUAUCGUAUUAUUUGAAGAAUUCACCUUUUCUCCAUUUGGUAACAAUGUUAGAAAUGUAGGAGGAAUUACCGUUCCAAUUAAAUUAAAUUUUAAAGCCACUGAAGGUGCAGAUAUCGAUAUUAAAUAUUUAUCUCACUUAUUAGAUAAUUGGAAUGAUAUCUAUCCUGAAUACAAAGAUAGAAAACCAAAAGCUUUUUACACUAUUCCAACAUGCCAAAAUCCUACUGGAUUAACUCAAAGUACUGCCACUAGAAAAGCAAUUUACGAUUUAGCUUCGAAACAUGAUUUUAUCAUUCUUGAAGAUGAUCCUUAUGGUUACCUUACUUUACCUCCAUUCCAAAAGCCCAAUAAGGAAACUUUGGUUAGUGAAAAUUCCUUACAAAUUGAUGAUUACCUCGAAAACCACUUGCCUAAAUCAUACUUACAGUUUGAUACUGAGGGUAGAGUUAUUAGAAUUGAAACUUUCUCUAAAGUCUUUGCACCUGGAUUAAGAUUGGGUUUCCUUGUGGCCAAUAAGAAGAUUGUUGAAGUGGUUAAGAAGUAUUCUUCUAUUGUUACUAGAGCUCCUUCCGGUCCUUCACAACUCAUCCUCUUGAACGUUAUUCAACAAAGAUUUGGAGGAAUUAAAGGAUGGUUACAAUGGAUUCUCAGAAUGAGAUUAGCCUAUGCUCAUAGAAGAAAUGUUUUAAUCGAUAGUAUUGUCAGUCUGUCAGCUUAUGAAAAGGAAUAUAUUAAAGUCAUCAGUUGUGAUGCAGGGAUGUUUGCAUCAUUACUCGUUAAUUUCCCAGAAGGUACUACUGAUAUUGUUGAUAAAAUAAAUCUUUUAAAUUACAAAUUCUUAGAAAAGGGAGUUACUGUUGUGUUGGGACAUAAGAUGUCAGUAAAUCCAGAAUUCAGUGAACCAAAUGCUAAUUUCUUAAGAUUAAGUUAUGCACCUUUAGAUAAGGAUGAAGAAUUAACUGAAGCAGGAAAAAGAUUAGGUGAAGCUGUUGAAGAAUUCUUUGAAAACGGAUUCACUUAUUAA